AUGGUCACGCUGUCCGCGGUGCCCGUGCUGGCAGGGAUGAUGGGUCCGGCUAAGUCUGCGUCGAGCUGCCUGCUUCGCGUGGGCACCCUGGGCGCCUCCCUCGCCCUUCCUCCAGGAGGGCUCCUGCUUUUUAGCUGCUGCAGGGGAGCUGGCACUCAAUUGGACUCAUCUCACGAAGCCACAGAGCCAUGCGACAGCCUCCUCCUCCUCCAGCACGUGAAAGACAGCCAGUCCAUCCGGCACACCCUGACGGACUUCACAGCUGGAGACGAUGUGCGCAUCAAGGAACUGACUCGCGUACGCACCGAGGAAACAGCUCCAUGCACCUGGAAGGCCCACCCUCACCUGGGUGCUCGCAAAUAUAAGUGCGCGCAUCGCUGCGAUCCUCACAUCAGCGGCUCCAGAUUCGACCUUCCAGUUGCUCACGGAUCACCAAUGACUUCAGACAUGGACUGGGAAUCACAGGCGCACGCUAAUUUCGAAGCAAUUGACGUGGACAACGACGGCUUCAUUUCGUUUAACGACUACCGGGACUUCUUGGAAAUGAACGGUGUUGAUCAAGACUGCAGCAGUGUGGACACAAACAAAGAUGGCAAGAUCUCUUUCGAAGAGUUCUCUGAAUUCUACAAGAAGGACUCUGACAAGCAGAAGGAGAAGCUGAAGCUGAAAAAGUGAACUCCAAGGACAUGCCUGUGGGGUGAAAGGGUUGCUCUUAUCUUCUUUGGUUCUUUCGGUAAAGUCACGUAGAAUGAGAAUAAAAUGCUCUUAGUUUGUUAGGCUUCCACUCCUUGCGUCUUAAUCAUCAUGACCAAUGUCAACCCUACUACUAAGUAUUAGGCAUGUAAUGAUGAAUUAAUUCAUUAAAAUUAAUUCGCACUCUCUCAUUCGUGCCGACAAUUGGCCGUGCAAUAAUCUGUCAUUUAAAUGGUAUUGCAUAUUAUAUGCAAACAUUACCGUUUUGCUGAGCAAAUUUAAUGGCACAAAUGAGAUUAAAUACAUUCCAAAUAAGACGUAAAAAAGGAAUAGGUUCUUGAAUAUAAUAGAGAGAAUUGUGACAUUUCACUGAAUCAGAGGGUAAUCUUUACAUGCCUAAUAAAAAAACUACUGCUACUAUUUAUAGCUAUUACUACUGUAUUUGACACUACUGCUAAUAGCACUACCACUAAGACUCCAUUGAAAUGUACUUUUAGUACAAAGCAUUUCAGUAACAUUUCAGAUGUACUGUGCUGUGCGACGUACUGGCACCAUGAUCGAAAAUAGCGCAAUGAAACAAACUUCGAGGCACAAUGCAUCCAUUCACUAUGGCAUAAACACCUCAGUGUAGUACACGUACUCACACAUACCAGUCACAGAUCACUCUUGAACAACACUACUGUCAGAAUGCUGGACGUGGCUUGGUAACCUGAAAGGCAGCGGUGGACAGAAUGCAAACACGGUUCUUUCUACAAAUGCAGCCCAGCGUUCUGAUGGAUUGUUUUUUUCAUUUGCAUUGAAAUAAACCCAGCCUUGCUUAAAUAAAAG